ACAGAAAUAUGGGGUUGGGGAAGUUUGAAUUGUGAGGUUGAAGCAAAAGCCCCAUCGAGAGAGGCAAAAAAAUCGAGGUUUUUUUUUUUGUUUAGGUUGUUGUAUUUUUUUGGGGUUGGUUUUUGAUUUGGGGAGCGGUUCUGAGUGCGUGCGUGCGUGCGGCUGUUCUUGCCAGCCGGCCGCGCGGGAGGAAAUAAUCCUGUUUCUUGUGGUAGUGCUCCGUUUUGAUGCGUUGUUUUCUCCUUUGAUGAUUUCUGCGCCUCCUCGUGCUGCUAGUGUUCCGGGCCUUUGAUUCGGCAGGCUUUGCUUUUUGUUUCGGGUUUCUUUUGCCUUUUCUUUCGCCAAAGAUUGCAGCUUUUGCAGUCUCCUUGGUGAUUCCAAGCUUGGCCCGGUUCUUUUCCCCUUCAAAAAUCGCGCAAAGUUUGGGUUUUUAACCCUGUCCCUUGAUUCGGGGCGUCGCCGAAAUUUGUUCUCGGUGCGUCCAAUUAGUGCUAAUUCGGGGCUGGGAGAGUGGGAAUUUUGAGAGAUCGUUGAGGGGAUUUUGAGCCUUUUCCAGUCCCCGGGCUGCAGAAUUUGGGGUUUGGGGGGCUGUCACUUUCGAGCCCUUGCUGAGUUAGGGGCUUGCACGCCUAAAUUUGGAGAUAAUUGGUGCGACAUGGAGGAGAAGGUUUUGGUUUCUAUGGUGUUCUGCGGCAGGAUUUGGCGUAUUGGCGUGUGAGCCGCCGUGUAGGUCACUGGUCUGAUCUGGUGGCUUGUUGAUUUCCUCGGCGGUGAUGCUCUCUGCAGCCGCCGUGAUGGCGCCAGCCCCUGCCGCUGGGAAGAGCUCCCUCGAGGUCUUGCUAGAGACGAUAAAGAAGCGUGAUGAGCAGCCCAAGGAUGCGCCUCCGGCAUUGCCAGCACGGCCGACGUGCCGUGGCCGCUUGCCCAGUGCAAGACGGCCAUCACUGCCUUCUGGUGUUAAGCUUGAGAAUGGCACGGUGAAAGGUGCUGUGGUGGAUACAGUGAUGGCUGACAAGAAGCCAGGGGUUGAGAAGAAGAUUUGUAGUCAGGAGGUCAAGGAGGAGAAUGUGGUAAAAACUCACAUCUUUGGGACUAAAAGGAAAUUCUCUAAUGGGGAGCUGCUGGAGGAGUCGCCGUAUGUUGAUAACUUUCAUAAGGAGAGGAAGGAGAUGAUGGUCUCCAAGGAGCCCCCUUCUGUUUCCCCAAGGGCAAAGACAAAUGGGAAGCCGGUGUUCGCAGAUACCAUGGAUUAUAUCCUCCAGAAGAAGCUCCGGGUUUGGUGUUCUUCAUCAGACGCAACAUGGAAACUUGGACAGAUUCAAUCAGUUUCUGGAGAUGAUGUCGAAAUACUCCUGGUUAAUGGAGAGGUUUUGACAUUGUCACCAGACAGACUCUUGCCGGUCAACCCUGAUAUUCUUGAUGGAGUGGAUAAUUUAAUCCAUAUGAGCUAUUUAAAUGAACCCUCGGUUCUUUACAAUCUGCAGUUCAGAUAUUCUCGUGAUCUUAUUUAUACAAAAGCAGGGCCUGUUCUGGUUGCUGUCAAUCCAUUAAAAGAAGUUGCUCUCUAUGGAAAAGAUUUCAUCACACAAUACAGGAAGAAGCUCAAUGAUGAUCCACAUGUGUAUGCAAUAGCUGAUUUGGCUUUUAAUGAAAUGCUAAGAGAUGGCGUAAACCAAUCUAUAAUAAUAAGUGGUGAAAGCGGAGCAGGCAAGACUGAGACAGCUAAAUUUGCAAUGCAAUAUUUGGCCACUUUAGGGGAUGCCAGUGGAAUGGAGUCUGAGGUUCUUCAGACAAAUGUUAUUCUGGAAGCAUUAGGGAAUGCAAAAACAUCACGGAAUGAUAACUCUAGUAGAUUCGGUAAACUUACUGAAAUACACUUCUCUGAAACUGGAAAGCUGUCUGGAGCUAAAAUUCAAACAUUCCUGUUAGAGAAGUCAAGGGUGGCUCGAAGGGCAACAGGGGAGAGGUCAUUCCAUAUUUUCUAUCAACUGUGCUCUGGAGCUCCUCCCCUUUUGAAGAAAAAAAUGUUUCUGAAAGAAGCCAAUCACUACAAUUACUUAAAGCAGAGUGCUUGCUUGAGAAUUGAUGGCGUUGAUGAUGCCAAAAGGUUUUCAAUGCUAGUGGAUGCGCUCGAUAUUAUUCAAAUAUCUAAAGAAGACCAAAUGAAAUUGUUCUCCAUGCUCGCAGCUGUCUUGUGGCUUGGAAACAUUUCAUUCUCUGUGAUAGACAAUGAAAAUCACGUGGAGAUUGUUUCAAAUGAAGGGUUGGCUGCAGCAGCCAAGCUAUUAGGUUGCAGCACACCUCAAUUGAUGAGUGCUCUCACUACACGUCAAAUCCAAGCUGGAAAGGAUAAUAUUAUUCAAAAGCUGACAUUAACUCAGGCCAUUGAUGCAAGGGAUGCUCUAGCAAAGUCCAUUUAUGCCCAUUUGUUUGACUGGAUUAUUGAGCAAAUUAAUCACUCACUUGGAACUGGAAGAGAGUACACAUGGAAAUCCAUAAGUAUUUUAGAUAUUUAUGGGUUCGAGUCUUUCAAUAAGAAUGGUUUUGAGCAGUUUUGUAUAAACUAUGCCAACGAAAGGCUACAACAGCACUUCAAUCGACAUCUUUUCAAGCUAGAACAGGAGGAAUAUUUAGAGGAUGGAAUUGACUGGGCUAAUGUGGAAUUUGUGGAUAACGCUGAUUGCUUAUCUCUCUUUGAGAAGAAACCUCUAGGGUUAUUGUCAUUGCUGGAUGAAGAGUCUACAUUCCCAAAGGCGACGGACUUUUCUUUUGCUAACAAGCUUAAGCAGCACUUGAGGGGAAACUCUGCCUUCAAGGGUGAACAGGAAGGUGCUUUUAAGAUUUGUCAUUAUGCUGGAGAGGUGACAUAUGAUACAAGUGGGUUCUUGGAGAAGAACAGAGAUCCAUUGAACUCCGAGUUAAUUCAACUACUCUCGUCAUGUAAAUGCGAGCUUCCAAAAUACUUUGCCUCUGUCAUGGUUGCUGAUUGUCAGAAUAAAUCAACUUUGUCAUGGCACUUAGCCGCUGAUUCACAAAAGCAAAGUGUCGUGACCAAAUUUAAGGCUCAACUGUUCAAGCUGAUCCAGCAAUUGGAAAACACAACUCCUCAUUUCAUUCGAUGCAUCCAGCCAAAUAGCAAACAACGCCCCAUGCUAUUUGAGCAUGAUCUUGUUUCACACCAGCUUAAGUGUUGUGGGGUGCUCGAAGUUGUGCGGAUAUCAAGAGCAGGGUAUCCAACUAGGAUGUCUCACCAACAGUUUGCUGAGAGAUAUGGGUGUCUUCUCCUGCAUUCCAUCACAUCACAGGACCCUCUUAGUAUUUCUGUUGCUGUAUUACAACAGUUCAAUAUUCCACCAGAAAUGUAUCAAGUUGGCUACACAAAAUUGUUUCUCCGUACAGGACAGGUUGGUGCACUGGAAAAUGCUAAAAGCCAGAUGCUUCAUGGAGCCCUUCGGAUUCAGAAGAACUUCCGUGGGUUGCAUACUCGACAAGAAUACCAGGGACUGAAGAAAGGAGCAAUCAUUUUGCAGUCAUUCGUAAGAGGUCAAAAGGCAAGAAUACACUUUGAUCAUGUUGUAAAAAGACGGAGGGCAGCUAUUAUCAUACAGAAGUAUGCUAGGUGUCGACUUGCAGCUACCAUUUAUGUUGAUCAGCUCAAAUAUGUUAUCGUUCUACAAUCAGUGAUACGUGGAUGCUUGGCCAGGAAUAAAUAUAAGUGCCUGAAGGAAGAGAAGGACUCAAAGUUUAGUCAAAGCAAAGUCAUACAUGCAAGGAAUAAUGUUUCACAAGCGCGGAUGUAUCAUCAGGAAAUGAAUGGAGAUUAUCCUCGACAACCAGUUAUCGGAGAACUCCAGGGACGUGUUUCAAAAGCUGAGGCUGCAUUGCGGGACAAGGAGGAAGAGAACGCAAUGCUGAAGCAACAACUGGACCAGUACGAGAAGAAAUGGUCAGAAUAUGAAGCCAAAAUGAAAUCUAUGGAAGAGGCGUGGAAGAAGCAGCUCUCCUCUCUGCAGCUGAGCCUUGUGGCUGCUAAGAAGAGCCUAACUUCAGACGAUGUGGCGACCCGAGCAGCUCGAACCGAUGCUGCUCCAACUCAUGCUCAUUAUGACUCUGAAGAUACAUCGACGGGAACACAUACCCCUGAAGGGACAGAAUUCAAAUAUCAAACCCACAACCCUGAGGCUAGAGUGGCAGCACCAAAUUCUGACAGAAGGCUAAAUGCUGUAAACCAUUUAGCCAAGGAGUUCGAGGACAGGCGGCAGGUGUUCGAAGACGACGCUGGUUUCCUUGUUGCAGUGAAGUCCGGGCAGGUUGGUUCAAACAUGAACCCGGAUGACGAACUCCGGAAGCUCAAGGACCGGUUCGCGACAUGGAAGAAAGACUACAAAUCUCGGUUGAAGGAGACCAAGGUAAACCUUCAGAAGGUUGGCAAUCAUGAGGAGAAAUCCCGGAAAAGAUGGUGGGGGAAGAAGAGCUCAAAGUGAAUGUAGCCCAAAGUAAAUGUGCGCAAGCUCCAGGUGUGUUCCCCUACAUUCCCUGCUACUUCAUCAAAGAAGAGAAGAUGGAAAGACCAGGAGGAGGUCAGAGAAGGCUUCGAGGUUUUGUUCUCUUGAUUGCAAGCCUGACAGAUAUGAUGAUGAUGAGCUCCAUCGUCAGUGGCGGUGCUGGUACUCAUCUGGAGUUCAGCUUAUGAAAGAAAGGAUUUUAUAGGUGAAAGCAAGAAGUCUGUACAUGUAUAUUAGUUGUUCUUAUAUUAAUUCUUGGUUUUCAGUGUAUGUAUGCCAUCAUGUAUGUAGAGAGAUGAAUCUGAGAUAUGGAAGGGUAAUUAAAUACAGAUUAUCCGCCAUGAGCGAAUAGAGGUGCUAAACAGGAGUGCUGUAAUAUGUGUACAGUAAGAAAUCAUCGAAUUUGCAAAGCAUUUUACUCCAUUCCUGCCUUGUCUGCAAAUGUCUCCUGUGUUUCAGCUGAAUCU